AUGACUCAUGGCGAAUCCUAUCGUCUCUUAAGAAACAUUCAACUUUUAGAUGAACCGUCGGUAUCCUUAAAUAGAGAAGAUCAAUUGGCUAUUAUAAGAAAAGAACUGAGGAAAAACAUACUGGCUGCCCAUGAUGUCAAUAAAAGGCAUUACGAUCUUCGAGCCCGACCAACCUCCUAUAACGAGGGUCAAACGGUUUACCGCCGUAACUUUGCUCAGAGCAAUGCUGCAAACCAAUUUAAUGCCAAGUUAGCACCGGUUUUUAUUAAAGCUACAGUCCUAUCGAAAAUUGGAAAUAAUUACUACAAACUGCGAGAUGAAGAAACUGGCGCUACUGGUACGUAUCAUGGCAAAGAUAUACGUUCUUAA